CUCGAAAAGGGGAGGAUGCUCCAGCCGAGGAGAAUGUCGUAUUUCUCAGCUUGAGGAUUGGCCAAGUUGCGGCAUCCUAGUCUGCCUCAAGGAGGCAAAGGGGCCGGCCGCUUUCAUCUCCCGGACGAAUCACCAGGUGGUUAAUUACAUGGCUAAGUUGCUGACGCGCCUUCCGCAUUCCUCGAGCGGCAUCCCGAGGUCGAGUGGCCAAUUGCAGGAAUGGGAAGGUGUCAGCCAAGCGGCCCAUCCCCUCUAAAUCCAAGCUGGCCUCCCACAUUCCUCUCUUUUCCUCUCCCUCAUCAAACCGUGACCAUUUUCCCCUUCAAUGAAUCCCCCAAAGACGUGUGUGCUCGCAGAGCUGCCGACCUGAUCGGACCUCGCCGCCCGUCUUCCUACUUCAACGCGAGACGGUCACAACACUCCCCCAACACCUGGCGAAACCCUCUCCCGGACGGCCCGGUUGAGCUGCGCCCUGGCAUUGAAAGCGCGCUCCUCUCCCAUCAGUCGAUGGCACUGUCGACGUCGUGCCAUCCGGGCAGCGUGGCCAGGUUGCCCCUUCACACCCUCAAGGCAGAACCAAUGCUACAGUGUCAUUCCUGCCGCUGCCGUCCCCGUCCCGGGCGCCACGCAUCGCACAGGUACCAAUUCCUUUCUUCCCCAGGCCGUCCUUUCCCGAAUCCCCUUGUCGAUGUGACACAAUGUCCUUGUUGGGAGGUGUGGUGGCUGUCCGGUCAUGUGACUUCGAAAGAGGGGAAGGUGAGGGGACCACCCUCAUCGGCACCUCCUAUUUCUCCUUUUGUUUUUCUCCAUCUUCGUUAUUGUCAUGUCCUUGUCAAGUUGUGUCAAUUGAUCAACGGUCGUCGAUUCUUAGGUCGUGCGGCGCUAGGGAGAGUUUCUUCCAUCGUUGUCGUGAGCUGUGGUGGAGCAGAGUGGACCUCCUAACACGCUACUGAGGGUGAGAAGUACUGAACUGUCCCGCCUGACAAGUAAAUCACUGGGCAUUGCCCUGUCCUAUUUCGGUAUGUUACACGAUUCCAUAAGUCUUUCAGCCUCGUUUGAAGCUCGACCCUUCAUGUUGGAUCCAAUGGAUUGGCGUUUUGGACAUCGCCAUGCACCCUCGUGGAUGGGUUCCAAUACGAUGAGAACGUGAGGUUCCUACCUGGAUC